AUGGCACCCUCUUCGACGACCGCUGGGCGGAUAGACGAAGCCCGGGGUCUCGUGAAGAGCGACCCUUCCAAGGCCGAGAGCAUCCUCAAGGAAAUUCUCGCGCAAGGUCCCGGCUCGUCUGAGGCCUCAUCGCGCGAUUACGAGAAUGCCCUGGUGUUGCUGGGAGAGCUCUACCGGAACCAGAAGAAGCCCCACGAGAUUGCCGAACUCAUCAAGACCAGCCGCGAUUCUUUCUCUUCAUUCGCCAAGGCAAAGACGGCUAAGCUGGUCCGCCAGCUGCUCGACCUGUUCAGCGAGAUCCCGAACACCCUCGAUAUCCAAGUCUCCGUCAUCCAAUCAUGCAUUGAGUGGGCCAUCGCCGAGCGGAGGUCCUUCCUUCGUCAGAAUCUCCAGACUCGCCUUGUGGCCAUCUACAUGCAGAAACAGACCUACUACGAUGCGCUCACCCUCAUCAACUCCCUCCUCCGCGAGCUAAAGCGCCUGGAUGACAAGCUCAUGCUGGUUGAGGUGCAGCUGCUGGAGUCGCGGGUUUACCAUGCAUUGGGCAACCAGGCCAAGGCACGUGCUGCUUUGACGGCAGCCCGGACAUCGGCUGCCUCCGUCUACACGCCGCCGAACCUGCAGGCCGGUCUGGAUAUGCAAAGUGGUAUGCUACACGCCGAGGACAAGGAUUUCAACACGUCAUUCUCCUAUUUCAUUGAGGCUCUAGAAGGGUACAGCUCCCUUGAUGAGGGAGAGAAGGCCACUGCGGCCCUCCAAUAUAUGCUGCUAUGCAAGAUCAUGUUGAACCUGGUGGACGAUGUGACGAAUUUGCUGGGAUCGAAGCAGGCUCAGAAGUACGCCAGCCCGCGACUCGAGGCCAUGAAGGCUGUAGCGCGUGCCCAUGCCAACCGGUCCCUAGAGGAGUACGAGAAGGCGCUCUCGGACUACCGGUUCGAGCUUGGCAGUGAUACAUUCAUCCGCAACCACCUCCGCAGACUGUACGAUGCCAUGUUGGAGCAGAACCUGAUCAAGGUUAUUGAACCGUUCAGCCGGGUCGAGCUGGACCACAUCGCCAAGAUGGUUGGGCUGGACACGCAGCAGGUGGAGCGGAAGCUCUCCCAGAUGAUCCUGGACAAGGUGAUUAUCGGAGUGCUCGACCAGGGGGCUGGAUGCCUGAUUGUCUACGAUGAGACGGAGCGUGAUCAGGCAUACGAUGCUGCGUUGGACACGAUUGAGAAGUUGAGCAAUGUGGUGGAAGAGUUGUACACUAAUCAAGCAUCGCUGCUGGAGUAA